UGGGUCCACGUGUACGCUGUCGUUGGACUUUUUCAUAAAUAUCAAGAGUGCGGACAGCUGUGACUGUUGCUCCUGCGUUUGCGUAAAUCUUGCGAGCGCUGCGAGUGUUGGUGCUCCGGAUGUCGAGGUGUCGUGAAGACGAGACGUUGUGAAUGGCUGGUUCUUCGAUAUGGGGAUGUGUGCCAUCAAGGGUCCGCUGGUGACGUCGAGCCCUGCUGAAGGGGAUGGUGAGACGACUCCUCGAAGCACGGCGAGCAGCAGCAGCAGUCAUGACAGUCCUAUGUCCCAGGAAUUGAGCGCAGCGGAGGAAGCCAACCAUUUUGGUCAAGGCGGGGCGCUGUGGCAGCGGACGAUUCCCAAAGGUAGACGGUGCAAGCCUCUCUCGUUCUCAGGAAUCAUUUCCUACGAUGAAUCAGGGAAUCCGCUUCCCAUCCUUCGAGACGAGGAGCGACUUGGUUCAACUGAGGAGCUUGAUUAAAGACCUCGUGGUUGAGACAUCUGGUCGAAUUGUAGGAUUCAACAUGUGAAACGACAGGGGUGGUAACAACAAAUACAACACUAGAAUACCACGAUAAUUUUUUGAGUGAGCUGCGAAACCGAAAUUCUGCGUAGUGAUACCUACGUCCACGUUGACGCGAGCUCAAAUCGGCCUCCGAUGGCAUGAAACUCUACCGCGACUCACAACGCGGUAUCUUCUAUCUCGAUCGAGACGAUCGCCGGACCGGAAUGACUCACCGCGAGAUGUCGGGCCAGAUGUUAACUGUGAGUUUUCGAUUCACCGAGCAUGUGAAAUUAGGCAGUGGCGCACCAUCGUCUUCUAAAUCCACUUGAGAAUCAGAACACGAUUGAGCUAAUUACUCUGCUCAUGAUUUCAUGCACCGACACUCGAUGAUAAAGCAUGUGUUGUUUGCUUGUCAACUGCCGAGUGUAGACAGUAUCAAAUCGGUGGAUGAUUUAAUGUAUAGGUAGAUAGGUCGGAGAAUCUAUGUGAGCCCUCGCUGCUCCUGCGUUAUGUAAUCUAAUCCAAUGUUACCACUGAAUAUAUUUCUUGUGUGAUUUAGAGGAA